AUGGUGAUUCAGGCUAUCUUAGAGACAUCAGGAGUCACCAGACCAACUAAUUUGGCCAAAGAAUUUACACCCCAGUCAAAGGAUACAGAUGGAACCGACGGCGGAUCCCAACAAUCGGCCAAAAAACAUAAACGAAUACACCCCAACUUUGAAGAGGUCCCGACAACUAUGUUGCCAUCAGAGUACGUCACCAACUUCAUCGUUGAAAUACAGAGCGACACUUCAAACAUGAAAGUCAAGCAGGCGGAGAAACAGGACCGAGAAGCCAUCGAUGACGCCUGCGCUCGAAAGUACUGUGACACUGACUUUGUCGGCCAGUCGGAAAAGGACCUGAAGGACUUUGCCAACGAAGACUACCACGAAACUCGAGCCCUUCUACCAGCUAAUCCCCUCGAAGCUCUAGAGCGUAUGAAUGCUGAUAAUGGACAAGCCUUCCAGGUGAACGGCUGUGAAGCCUACUGCGAUAUCGACUUCACAGGCAGAGCAUCGGUGACCCGUGAAGUGGGCGAGGGCUUCGCCAAUGAGGGUCUAGGCGCCAUACUUAAUCAUCAACCCAAAUCUGCUGCUGACACACUAUUUCCUCAUGACGACAUGUGUGAGAGGACCGACUCACCUCUCUGCACCGCUGAGAUCAAGGUGGAAAAUUUGCAAGUCAGGUUGAAUGAAAAUGGGUUCCCCACCUUUACACUGUUGACUCCCGGAGAACCAGGUGAUGGGAUUUCAGAAAAGACUAUCACUCUUAAUGCCAAACUCACGACGUCGGAGGCUUUUGCCAAGACCUUCUCCGCUUCUGUCAGUCCCGUCUUAUCUGGCCUUUUGGGCAACCAGCCGCUGAACUUCUCGAUAGGGGGUGCAGGCUCGGGUCUCUCAACGCCGGAGUACACGUCAUCGAAGGUGCAGUGUCAUUUAGAUGCUGAUGAUCAGCUGCGCGCCAAGAAGGCUCAAAAAUCCCCAAAGGCUGUAAAGACACAUACGAAAAUUGACAAUUCACCACCUGCCGCUGUUCGACGGUCCCCAAGUGAGAUUGAGGCAACUACCUGGUGUCAACCUGGUGGAUGGGCCUGCUUUCCCAUGUUCAAGCGAAAAUGA